AUGACUGGAUUGACGAGUUCGAAAAUGCAUUUGGUUAAAUACUUUCACUUUCAUAUAAAAGGACAUCGGUUAGUUACGAAAAUUAUCAAUUCGAAAAGUAACUUCGAUAGUAACAGUUUAUCCACAAUCUUAAAGCGAUUCCUCGUUAAAUUGACCAAGUUUAAUCAACUAAUCAUGAUGUUCAAGACUGUCUUGGUUGUAUCCAUUUUCAUCUUCACCAUUGGUUCAGUUAUCGGACAAAAAGGCGGUUACAAAUCAGAUCGAUUCAUCCAACAGCAACAAUAUCCUUAUUAUCCAACUAAACAAUCACCUUACAUUUCACAAUCGCCAAUGGGUCAGUAUCGUUAUCCUUAUGCUCCACCAUUGAGUCCAAUUGAACAACGAAGAGCUCAAAUUUUAUUGAGAAACAUGGGAGGCUACGAUGACGAUUCCCGAUACAAUUCACAAUAUACUCUCGACAAUUACGAAAGUUAUCCAUAUUAUGGAUAAACGUAACAUCCCAAUCACAAUUAGAAAUAUGAUUUAGAUAUGAAAAUAAAUAAAAAAAGACCAAUAUUCAACUCGCUAAGUCCAGACACGAAUCAAUGAUAAUUGUCGAUUCCAUUUGAUGGUCCCAAUAAGUGUUACUGCCUCUUUUUCUUGUCCCAUUUUGUUGCCGUUCAAUUUUGUACUUCC